AUGAAUAAUUCUGAUAAUGAAAAUCUCAUUGAAAAUUUUGAAGAUGAUUAAUAAGUUUAUACAAAUUAAUUAGCAACUUUGGAUUUUAAUUAAGAUAGACAAGGUUAAGUUCCAAUAUAACAUCGAUUUUCAUCAACAAAAUUUAGAGAAAGACUGUCUUCAAUAGAUCCUUUAGAAUGGGCUAAAAAUAUAAAAAUGCCUGAAAAUAAUUACUAUGCUUAUCCAUGUAGUUAUGAUUAAGCCGAAUUACAUAGAUAAAGUCAUUACAUCUAACCAGAUUAAGAUUUUCUAGAUAAAACAUAAGCUACGGAAUGUCCGUGUUGCAAGUAUGAUUAUUAUAUGAUUAUUUAUAAAGUAAACCAUUGAAUCGAAAACGAAUAAAUUUCCUUACAGUGAACAUUUGGUAAUUAUUGGUGAAAGAUUAUGGUAUUGCAGCACCACUAUAUUUUACAUUUCUCAAAUUUUAAAUGAUUCUCUUUAUCAUUUUAUUUUGUGUAUAUGGAAUUUUCUUUAUUAAAGAAGUUAAUGAAACUUGUAAUGAUUUGUAAAAUGGAGUCGAAAUAUGUUUAACAAACAUCAAUUAGCAAUUAUCACAGGAGUACAAAGAUGCUUGUGAUUUGAAUACAAUAUAUAUGUUUGUAGCAAUAGAUCCAUUUUUAUCAUAGAUUUAAUGUUCAGCUGAAUAAGAUAUUAAGAAUGGUGGAAGUGGAUUUAAAUAGACUUACAUUUAAGUAGCAGCUUUUUUUAUCUUUUUAAUGAACAUACUAUUACCAUUCGAAUAUGAGAUAAUUAUUAGAUACAAAUAAAUUAAAUAUUGGGAUAUAGAACCAGUAAAUCAUGUAACAGAAAAUAAAAAGUCUGUUUAUGUUAGACAUUUACCAUAUAAGAUGACAGCUGAAGAGAUUUCUUAAACAAUUUGUAAGGCUAUUGCAAUGAACACUUUUGAUUAAGUUGCUAAAAAAUCAGUUUUGUUUGAAAAUAAAAAUUCAAUUUAAGAAUUAGUAUAUAUUUAUGAUAUUCAUGAAAUAAAUGAGAUGAAUAUUGAUAGAGAGAAUUCUUUACUUGAUUUUAUGAUUACUUUAGAAUAGAUGAAAGAAUUAAAGGAAACAGGGAUGAUUACUACAUAUACUGAUAAAUAAAUUAAAACAUAUAAAUCAUUCACUUUAGAGAUGCUUGAUCAGAUGUUUAAAUAACAAUUAAAAGAUAUUAUGUUUAAAACAUAAAAGAUUAAAUCUUAUUUAAAGAAUGGACUCCCAUAUACAAACAAAGUUAUUAUUAAAUUUGAAUCAAAAGAAUAACGAGAUGCUGCAUAUUUACAUUAUAGAAGAAAGUGGUAUUAGAAUGUAUAAACUAUUUAUAUAUCCUUAGUUGCUUAUUAGAUAUGAAGUAAUGAAAGAGUAAAAUAAAUUGAAAAAACAAUAAAAAAGUUAAGUGUCUGAUUUGACAUCUUUAUAUUCUGAUAGUAGAACGGUUUCUGUAGAUGAUUUAUAAAUUCAAUCAUAACCUGAAUAAUAAGCAAGAGUGAGUUUAUUCAAUUAAAAUACUCAAUUAGCUAAAUAAUAAUAUGAUUAUAGUAAUAAAUAUGUUGAAUAAGUGCAUUAUUAAAUAGGAGUGAAAAGGGGAUUCAGAAUUAAUGGAAUCUUUUGGGAAAAUUUAGGUAUGGAUACAUUUAAAAGAUUAAAAUUUAGACUAAAGGCUAUAUUUACAGCUGCUAUUGCAAGUUUUUUAUUGAUGGGUAGUUUUGAAUUAAUUUAUUUUUAUCAAAACAAUCCACAUUAAACAGAUAGAAAAAAUACUGGAUAAUUAUCAAUAUGGGAAAAAAUAUUAGCUAAUUUCUUAGCUGUUUUGGUGACUUUUUUAUCAAGUUAUACAACUUUAACAAUUUUAGGAUAGAUGGCUAAAAGUAGAAGAAGUACUUUUACUGAAGUCGAAGAAAGUAUUAUGCAUUUUUUUGUUAUUAUUCAAUAUUUUCUAAUUUAAUUCUUUCCUUAUAUAGCUACAUUUGAAAUAUGGGAAGGAAGAAAUAAAAUAGUCGCUUGUUAUGAUUUAGUCACUUUAUCAUUACAUAGAAUAAUAUUUAAAUAAAUAUUUCAUACAUUUCAUAUUAGACACACUAAGUUUUGGUUGAGAAAAAGAAAAGCUUUAAAGAAUUUUAAUCCAAAAAGGUUCUUUUAAGGUUAACUCAAUUAAAUCAUGACUCCAGCAUAUAUUGCUUAAAGAGGAAGAUAAUUUAAUAUGCUUUUUAUAUUGACUACUGCUCUUUGUUUAAUUUACAUAUGUCCUAUGGCUGUUCUAUUUUGUCUUGGAUUUACUAUUUACAUUUAUUUUUGGGAUAAAUAUGCUAUUACACACAAUUAUUAGAUUGAUAAGAGAUUUACUAUUGAUCUAUUUAGUCAUCAAAUUAAAUGUUAUUAAAUUGUUGUUUUACCAUUUAGUGUUUAUCUAUUUCUAAGAUUAUUUUGGAGAUUUAGUUGGGUGAUAUAUUCUGUUUUAAGUGUAGGAAUUAUCAUGAUAUUUAUUAUCAUUUUUAAAAAAGCUAUAGUCAAAUUCAUUAUUUUCAAGAUUUUUAGAUUAAAAAAGAAAAAUCCAUAAACUGAAUUUAAAGAAUAAUCCUUCUUUAAAAGUUAUAAUAAGUUUUUUGAAAGUAUAUAAAUAAUUCCAUUUUUAGAUCUUAGAAUUGAAUAGUUAACUGAUAUUUUGGUUACAAUAUUUAGAAACAAUGAAAAUGAAACCACAAAUAAAGAAUCGACUGAAUGA